UACAGUGGCGGUGUACACAAUGGUUAAUCAAACCUUGAUAAAACUUUCAGCAAUCAAAGCUUGCCGUGCAUAUAAAUGAACAUUAUGUGGUGUUCAUCACGACCAGCACUUAUCUGCCUCAAGCGUCAACUGCCGCAGUGCACACCACCACAGCCGGGAUCUCUGAUUUUGCCUGCUUUCCGAAUAAAUUUUCGAACCGUCUCCACCAUGAGCGAAAAAAUGCAGCACGAUACCAUCUUAUACGGAGGCGGGGUGAGCUCCUGUUCGUGGAGGGUACGCGCCGCCAUGGCCAUCAAGAAUAUCGAGUAUAAGCACGUCAUUCUCAGCACCAAAGCCCCGGAUGAAGCGACCCUCAAGAAACUGCAGGAGAUCAAUCCGCUGCGCCAGAUCCCGGCGCUGUAUAUCGAUGGGAAUACGCUGACGCAGUCGGUGGCCAUUAUGGAGUAUCUGGAGGAGACCCGCCCCGAGCCGGCGAUCUAUCCCAAACAUCCGCUGAACCGCGCGCAGGUGCGCCAGGUGGUGGAGCUGAUUAAUUCCGGGAUCCAGCCGCUGCAGAAUCCCACGGUGGCGCAGCGGUACAGCAGUGACGAGGCCAAGCAGAAGGAGUGGCAGGUGUACUGGAUCGAGAAAGGCCUGACCGCACUGGAGAAGAUUCUGGAGAAGACCAGCGGCAAGUACUGUGUGGGCGACGAGGUCACGGCAGCGGAUUGUGCGCUGGCUCCGCAGAUUUUUGCCGCCCGACGAUUCGGUGCGGAUAUCAACAAAUUCCCGUUGGCCGUUGGCAUCUACAACAAUUUGUUGGAGGUGGAAGCAUUCCGCCAAAGUCACCCGUUCAAUCAAGCCGACGCACCGGACGACAAACGCGGACAAAUCGUUUAAUGCUCAACCCAAUUUUCGCUCAAAUAAUUUACAGGACAGAUUUUUCUAUAUGUUUUCUUUUACAAAACUGCCGCUUUACAUGAACGCGAUUAAAAAUUAAAAUAGGUUAUUUCAAGCGGCAGCACAUUUGGCGUAAAGUAAUUCCCAUGAAUCAAAUAUAUGCAAAAUAUUUAACAGAGUUUUGUUUUCUAAAGCCUAGUUUAUUGUUAGUCGCGCGCGUGCGGCUUGUAAACGAAGUUCUUUAAUGCGGCAGUAAGCUGGAAAAUUUAGAAACGAUCGCCGAGUACUAAAAAAUAAACAUUACUGAUUCGGGAAUAAAUUGUGGACCCGG